AUGUUCCGCGUCUUCUCCGGUAGCUGUAUGUCCCUCGAGGACAUGGACACGGUGCUGCGCUCCAAUUUAGUUGAGCACCCGCACUUGUUAGGCCCUGGCGCAGACUUCUUCACAGAAUCCGGCGAGCCGGUGCGCCCGCAACCGGGGGCGCACACCUUUCAAAAAGUUUUCUCCGGCAGCGCUCUUGAUCUGAACGCUAAUAAUGCCGAGGGGUCUGAUGAGGAGGUAGCGGCGUCAAGCUCUCUGGGGCAGGUGCCACGCGUUAUCCCACCAAGUAGCAUCCUGAACCAGAUCUCCACUGAAAACGAAAAAGAGAAGGCUCGCGCCGCGAAGAUGAAGAUCCACGUUCUCGUGAUCGGAGAAAGUGGGUAUUUGGCGAGCCACGUGAUAGCUAAGCUGCUGGAUGCCGGAUACAGCGUGCGUAUGACGGUGCCGGAUGCGGCGCGACAACAGAAGCAGAUAGAUCUCUACGGCGCGAGUCGUGAUGUGGCCCAGCGUCUGACCAUCCUGCAGGCCGACAUCACAAACUCCAACACAUUACGUGACGCUAUCCGUGGCUGUCGCUAUAUAGUUCACUGUGGAUGCUCUAGCGCAUCCCCGCAGGCGAAGGACCUGGUGACAUUCUACACCAAGGCAAUCCGAGCGCUCUUCGAUGGCAUCCGCCUCUCGGGCAAGUCGACUGUGAAGCGAGUCGUACUCACCGGCUCGGCAUCGUCCAUUGUGCACAUCACGGAGUGUGACCCACCGUCGGGAUUGUUUGAUGAGAACAACUGGAACAGUGUAGCCACCCCCGAGGAUGACCCACUGCCUUAUGCAAAGCUUGUCUUCGAGCGGGAAGCCUGGCGGUUGCGGCAGAUGAUGGGUGUGGAGUUAGUGGUGCUGCUGCCGUCCAUCUCCAUUGGCCCGAGUCUUACCGAUGAGACAAGUGAAGCAAUGGUUACCAUCGAAGGGCUCGCGAACUCCUCCAAGUACUUCCCGUUCUGCCCUAAUCUUAGCUGGAACUUUGUCGACGUUCGCGACGUCGCGGACGCGCACGUGCGUGCGAUGGAAGUGGCGGAGGUGCGGGAUCAGCGCAUCAUCAUCUCUAACGAGUGCGUCAGUUUGCCAGAGCUGUGCCGCACAAUGAAGCAGCUGUGCCCCCAACUAACACCACCGACGCACACGGCGUGGACGGUUGUGACGCUUGGUAUUGCAACGUUAGUGCUGUGGAACAGCGUGAACCUCCGCUUCCUGUGGCGCAGCCUUGGUGUCCGCAAGCGCCUCAACAAUCGACGUGCCAAGGAGCAGCUCGGUAUCACCUUUACACCCAUGCAGCAAACACUUCGCGAUUGCCUAGAACAAAUGACGCGGUCCGCCAAGGUCACCGCAGACGCCGAGGCAGCCGCCGCAGCGCAGCGCAGCCCCGCCAACGGAAGGAGGAAGUCCAAAGUUGCGCCGUCCUCCUCGCGACUGGUAAGCCCGACGGUUAUGUUCUCCUUACUCACGCUUGCCGCCGCCGGCGCGACUGUGGUGCAUUACUUGAAGCGAAAAUGA